GCCAUGUACGGCUAUCAACCGUCGCCUACAGGAAGUGGAUAUCAACAGCAUCCCAUAAAUGUGAUGUCCGCAUCAUCAACACCGGGACAAGGAUAUAACAUGCAAGCACAGUACCCUAUGAAUGGAAAUUCCGGGCGACCACAACCACAGACUUACAUGGCAUCCCCGGGCGUAUCAACCAUGGGUCAGGUAAUGCAACAACCGCAUUAUUCCAUGUCUCAAGCACAAUAUCAGCCGCAGACACUUUCCUAUCAGAGUCUUGCGCAUAACUCACAGUCACUACCACAGCUUCUGGUAAACCCACAAUAUCAAGCCCAACAACAUCAACCGCAACAAUACAUGCGUCCGCAAGCUGUACAAGCCUAUCAGAUGGAUGGUGCUUACUCUCCGGGAAUGCGCCAACCGCAAGGAACCCAAAAUCAACAUGCGCCAUCAAGCCAGCAGCGAUCGCGCCACCGACCAAACCCUAACCAAACCGCCACGACUGGAGCUGCUUCAGAAGCGCGACCUAUAUCAAACACUCCUUCAAGGCCGCACCAACAGUCACAACCGAAACCUCAAGAAAAUCAUGCUCGGAUACCCUCACAGUCACACCCUCAACCUAUUGCAUCGCCAUCGCAGUCACAUCAUAGAACGCCCAGCCAGCCUCAGCCUAGAGCAGCUCCUCAACCACAUAACCAUGCCAUGUCUCCACCUCAACCGCUAUCACGACCUAAGCCGUCGUCUGAUUCUCAACCCCACCCAGCAUCACAGCAACGACCAAUAGCGCAGACGCGAUCUCCGCAGGUAGUCAUCGAAACGAGACGACCUUCAUCGCAAAAUGCAACAGUUCCAGCGCCUUCACGGACGUCUGCUCCUCUGCCUCGGGAGUCGCCUAUAGAUUUGCAGCCAGUGCUUCUAGGACUAGCCGACCAGUAUAUCAGCAAAGCUCACGGAAUAUCUUCAUACUUAGCGCGUGCCCCUCAAGAAGCGGAUGUCGAUCAAUACUAUAGCCUCAUAUCUGCCGGUCUCGGCUGCAUGGAGUCUGUAUUGAAAAACUGGAAGUUUCCGGACCCAAAGGCCGAGGCGCGGUUGCAACUACGAUAUGCGAAUCUUCUACUGGAAGAGACUGAAAACGACGGAGAGCUGCAGGAUUUGCUUACCAGGGGUAUCGCGUUAUGCGAGCGGAACCGCCUUGUUGAUCUGAAGUACAGCAUGAAGCAUGUUCAAGCUCGGUCCUUGUUUCGCACACAUCCUCGGUCUGCUUUCAAGAUGGUGGAUCAGAUGAUUGAGCUCACUGAGACGUAUACGCAUUAUUCCUGGAUGUACGUCUUCCGAUUCUUGCGCCCGGACCAGCUUCUUGAUAAGAUGACUGUCAUGCAAAGAGCACUGGAUGGCGGUAAGAGGAAGACUUCCCCGGAUGGAAGUUUCUAUGUACCGACUGCGGACACGGCACCCGACGAUGUUUCCCUCGAUACAUGUGGUAUCAUAGAGAGAACAGCGGAUGGGAAACGUGCCAUCGUCUUCCAGUGGUUGCGCAGGAGUGAGUUGUUUGCUCUAGGAUACAUUCUCAGCGGUCUGGCCAGCUCUACUAGGAAUGCUGUUGAUCACAAGUCUGAGAAGUAUGUGGUUGAGGGCGACAAACUCACACAAAGUAGGUGUUACACUCACUCUNACGACUACAAUCCCGAAAACGAGCGCAAAAUCCAGUCACUUCAGUCCUCCUCGGCUCACCUGGAUCGACGCAUGUUUUAUCAUAAAUUGUGCCUGCACCUGCUCGCCUCACUUAGAUGCGAGCGCGCUGACUGGCAAGGAGCUCAAGAAGUGCUAGAAAGGCUAACCGAGGGACUGAAAGUGGAAGAUGUUGACGAACAAGACUUUGUACAAGUGUCUGCGCUCUAUCUGACAGGUACGGUCAAGCAGGCGACAGGAGAUCUGGAAGGUGCCUUGGAAUGCUACAAAAGCCCGGCUUUGACGUUACAAGCUGGGCAGAGAGCAACGACAAAUCAAGAUCUUCGCGUCUUGGCCACGCUCAACAUGGUCCUAAUUUUAAGGCCUCGUUCGGGGUCGCAGGACCACAUCAAGCAUCUCAUGGACCUUGCGGAACCGCUAUGCGAAAACCAUGCGAACAUCAAUUUCAAGUCCGCAAUGUACAUUGUCAGAGCGUCGUCGACAAAUGCCCUGCCCAUCCUCAAGAUGAAGCACUACCUAUCAACGUCGGCCAACAUUGCCAAAAACCAGGGGAACGCAUUGCUGCUCUGUGCAGCGAUCAACUUGAUGACAUCGAACUUCUUCACGAGCAUCAUGGGAGAGAAGGCAGAGUUGUCGGCAGGAUCAGGAAAGAGGCUUGCCGACAGAACACAGGUGCCACUGUGGCAGGCCGUUGCUACUCAGCUGUUGGGCAACACAUUCCAUUUUAGCGGCAAAGGCGCAGAGGGUAGUGCAGCACGUGUUGAAGCAGAGAGAUGGAUGCAGAUGGCGCCUGAGAGUAUAAAAGAGAAGUUCGAGGUGAAGAGGUAG